ACGGUUCCGGUUCGGGCUUUAUGGUUUAGUAAGAGGGUCGGUUCUAGUGCGGAACCUCAGAGUCCGUUUGGAUCCAAUACAAGAAUCCAACAUGGCGACGACGCCGGGUCACGCUGCAGCACGUAUUGAGGCAUCUAUGUGUUUUAUGUCUAUGGUAAAGAGGCAGAGCGGAGCCGCCAGAGGGCGCUGCAGCCCGCACCACCGGAGCAGGAGAGUGUUUCCGGUUCCGGUUCAGUGUGUUGUUGUGCCCAGCAGCUGGACCCCGAAGACCACAUACUGGUCUACCAAAGACCCCCUCCAGGUCCUCUCCAGGUCUCCUCCAGCCGCUCUCAUGUACCGGGUCCCGGUCAGACCUCAGCGGAGUCCCGGACCUCCUCGGCCGGUCGGAAGGUUCCCCUCCCCGGCCCCCUGCUGGGGGUUCGGUUCCGGACCUCGCGGUGGAUCUCCCGGUGGUGGUCCGACCUUCUCCCCGGGGUCCCCUGUCUACUCUCCGGCCUUCUCUUCGUCCUCCUCCCGGGGGUACAGGGACGGGUCUCGGGGCUCCGGGGGUCCGAUGUGGCGCAGAGGGGGGGGCGGGUUUCGGCGGCCUCAGUCCUUCAGUCCCUCAGGACCCCAGAACCAGGUGAGUCCAGAACCAGAACUCUGAGAGAACCACCUGAGACAGACAUGCGCAGAACGUGAUUGACAGGUCAGUUUGAUUAAAGGUGAUUUUCGGUCUUUGACGGUUUUUUAUCUUUUAUUUAAAUUUUUUUAAUUUAAAUGUUAAUUAAAGGGAAAAAAAAGAUUCAGACAUUAGAUCAAAAAUUUACAAAAGGUCGUAAAACGUCGAAAAAAAAAAACUAUAAAGUGGAAAUGAAAAAACUCGGAGAGGAAAAGAAGUUUUUAAUUAAAGUCUAAAGAACGAAAUAAGAGUCUGUGAGCGAAGUUUAACAACGAAGACGAAAAAAGACGUGAUUUUAACCUCAAGAUCCUCGACUUCACCCACUUAGUCUGGGUCUUUCAGGGUCCGGGUCAGGGUCAGUUUCAGGGUCAGGGUCCGGGUCAGGGUCAGUUUCAGGGUCAGUUUCAGGGUCAGGGUCAGGGUCCAGGUCAGUUUCAGGGUCCGGGUCAGGGUCCAGGUCAGUUUCAGGUGUUUCAGGGUUUACUUCAGUUUUUUUUGUGGGUGCCUUAAGCCCCUCCUCCUCCAAAACCUUCUUUCUCCUCUGAUUGGCCACCUCUAACUCGAUGUUUUGGCUCCGCCCUGCGUACUUGUCCGUGCCGCGGUUGUUUCCUCGGACUCUGGAGCUCAGAUGAAUCAGUGAGGACAGACGAGAACGCUAACUCGCUCACGUUUUCUCAAAGGUUCCUGUUUUGAUCGGUUUUAAUCUUUUUUCUACGUGAUCGGAAACUUCGUAAACAUGUCGUCUGGACAACAAACUUCGUGACUUUGCAGUUUUUGUCGUGGUGUAAUUCGGGGUUCUCAGACAACCAUGUGCUAGCUGCGAUUUUCGCUUAAGUCAUCACAACAUCUGUUUUGACGAUAAAAAUCUUUUGGCCGAAAAACUGAAAAUGAAUUUUUCGGACAUUUUCGUCCGAAAAAUUUCAGUGUCCGUAUUUUUGUCGUAUCCCCGACAAAUCAGAGUCAUCACAGCGAAUCCUGAGCAGUCGCUCUGUGGAGUCUGAAGAUUUGUGUUUGAUCAUUUCUAAUAUAAUAAUUAUGAUCAUAAAGUUUCUAUAAUUAUAAUAUUUAUAAUUUAACUCAGUAUCUGUGUCCCUCAGAAAAACACCGAUCACUUCUUUAAAUGUCGUUUCUUUUACUUUUUAAUCCAAAAUUUUUAAAAAAAAUUUUGACCUUUUUGAACAAAAAUCCAAAAGUUUCUGUUUUUGUCGAAAGUUCAGACAUUUUAUUUCACGUUGAAGAAGAAGUUGCUGUUACCUUUGAAUGAAGUUGAUGACAGUUCACACACACACACACACACACACACACACACACACACACACACACACACACACACACACACACACACACACACACACACACACACACACACACACACACACGCACACACUUGCUCAGAGGCGCUUCAAUAGUUCUCAGGAAGUGACCCGACCUCUCCAGCCUCCAGGUCAAAGUCCAGAUAUGGUCUGACCAGGACCCCGCCCCCCCCGUCGCUCCAUCCUCACGUUAUUUCUCUGUUUCUGUUUCAGUCGUCUUCGUGGUCGUCUUCGUGGUCGUCUUCGUGGUCGUCUUCGUCGGACGCCCCCGUGGAGAAGUAUUUCAGCCCGGCGAUGUUGCAGGAUCCCUGGGCGUCUCUGCAGCCAAUCGCAGUGACGGACAGCCGGAAGCCGUGACAGGAAAUGAAAUAGACUGUGUAGUGUGAGCUCGUUCUGAGCAUGCUCAGUCACCAGCAUCUCCGCCUGUCGGCAGCUUUGAGAUGAAAUCAGGGAUGAACGGGUGAAUCUGUGAACUCUUUUUAAAACGUUUUUACUGUUUUUAGAGAUCAGCUGAUUUUUCUGCUUUUACUUCAAUGUGUUUGUAAAAAAAACGGAGUUUUACUUUACAAAAUAAAAGCCUUUAGAGUACCGCUGUGAUCUUUUAUUUUGAAAGGAGAAGAAAGUAGUCAUCAUCAUCGUAGUUCGAGCGCUGACGAGGAACCGGCAGGUCGGGUCCGACACGGUUUGUAUUUGGAUAUUGAAUCGUUCAUUUUCUCAGACUGAUCAGGACCAUCGACUGCAAACACACAUCCCCAUGACAGCCGGUCUGGGUCCGAGUGAGGCGGACUCUGAGAACCACGAACCCGUCCUCAGAAUUCAGGGAACAUGAAGAGUUUUUACCGAGCUCAGAGGUCCAGUUUCAGAUCAGUCAUUAUUUAGUUUAUUGGAGCAGAUUAGAAAACUCUGAACCCCAAAUGUGUCGGCGGAUGACAUGUGACCAUGUGACCAUGUGACCAUGUGACCAUGUGAUCAUGUGACCAUGUGACCAUGUGAUCAUGUGACCAUGUGACCAUGUGACCAUGUGAUCAUGUGACCAUGUGACCAUGUGAUCAUGAGCUCCUCCUUCAGGCAGAGAGAGGAAAUCACCUUCAAACAUGUUGAAAUAAAAUCUACGAUCACCUUUAAAGACGUUUCAGAUUCAGUUUGAUUUUCCCGCUGUUGUCGGAUCUAAAAUAACGAGGUCAGUGAUGAUGGUGAUCACAUGAUCGCUGCAUGACCACAUAUCAGGGGACCAUAAAUUUAUGAACGCACAAAUUUCAACAAUCAGUGAUUUUUUUCUCCGCUGUCGCUCCGGCGUCUCACGGCGGCGGCGGUUCUGUUAUUAUGUCACCGGACUCCUCGUGUUGAAAUAACGCUCUGUUCCUCGGCGGUGAAAUAUAACACACAGACUUCUCCAAUAUGACGAUUGGUCUGGAGCACUGACCCCGCCCCCUUUACGUGUGCGCGCACAGAUCUAGACUACAUCGACCAGGUUGGCCCCGCCCCCAAAAAAACUGAAGGUGUUUUGAUUCGUGGUCGGGUGUUUCUUGGUGUGAAGAUGUUUCUGCUUCAGAUCAAACUGGGUCUUUACUCAGCACCAUAGAUUGGGUCCAGGUCCUGGUCCAGGUCCUGGUCCAGGUCCUGGUCCAGGUCCUGGUCCUGGUCCAUGUCUUGGUGUUUUGAAGGAGGAACUUUGAGGAUGAACAGAUCAGGAGUUUUCUUUGUUUUCUGACUGUUGAUACAAGAACCUGUGUGUGUGUGUGUGUGUGUGUGUGUGUGUGUGUGUGUGUGUGUGUGUGUGUGUGUGUGUGUGUGUGUGUGUGUGUGUGUGUGUGUGUGUGUGUGUGUGUGUGUCUGUGUGUGUGUGUGUGUGUGUGUGUGUGUGUGUGUGUGUGUGUGUGUGUGUGUGUGUGUGUGUGUGUGUGUGCGUGUGUGUGUGUUUGUGUGUGUCUGUGUUUGUGUGUGUGUGUGUGUGUGCGUGUGUUUGUGUCUGUGUGUGUGUGCGUGUGCGUUACUCCCUGCAGCAGUUGCUGAUUGAACACCUGAGACCAUCUGCUCAGCAGCUGAUGACGGAGGAGGAGAAGAUGGUGGAGCUGAUGGAGCUGACGGAGGUGACGGAUGGGGUUUAGGUGAUAAGAUAACCCUUUCUCUUCCCAUGGUGGAGAAUUAUAUUGAUGUGGACCUCCACCGUCUCCACCGUCUCCUCCUGUAGAUACUGAUGAUCGUUGACACUCUGAGUGUUUCUGAUGGGGUUGAACCUCUUUGGUGGUUCUGGAGCUGAUGGAGCUGAUGGGGCAGUUUUCUGCUUCAGUGGAGGUUUCUUCAUGUUUGAGGCUCUUCUGUCUGAACGGUUCCUGAUGUGGGUCUCAGCUGAAGGACUGAGGCUGCACCUCCACCACAAACCGAAACAUCUCAGGUUUAUUUAUAACUCGAACCCUGUCGGUGAGAUGAGCUCCUGCUGCUGCUCCACACGAUCAUAAAACAACAACAACAGACAACAAACAACAUCAAACAACAACAAACAACAACAACAAAUAACAACAACAAACAACGACAAUGACAAACAACAAACAACAAACAACAUCAAACAACAACAAACAACAACAACAAACAACAACAACAAACAACAAACAACAUCAAACAACAACGACAACAACAAACAACAACAAACAACAACAAACAACAACAACAACAAACAACGACAACAACAAACAACAACAAACAACAAACAACAACAACAAACAACAAACAACAUCAAACAACAACGACAACAACAAACAACAAACAACAACGACAAACAACAACAACAAACAACAACAAACAACAAACAACAUCAAACAACAACGACAACAACAAACAACAAACAACAAACAACAACGACAAACAACAACGACAAACAACAACGACAAACAACAACGACAAACAACAACAACAAACAACCACUGGACAUGACCUGAAGUGACCUCUAUUUAAUCAAAUCAGGAAGAAACAAAAAACAGUUUUUACCUCCAGGAGGUUUUUAAAGACUCUUCAGCUCCAGAGGUCUCUCUCUCUCCCUCUCCCUCUCUCUCUCUCUCUCUCUCUCUCUCUCUCUCUCUCUCUCUCUCUCUCUCUCUCUCUCUCUCUCUCUCUCUCUCUCUCUCUCUCUCUCUCUCUCUCUCUCUCUC